UUGUCAGUUGCACUGGGUGCCUUGUGGUGUUGUGACACAGCUGAGCUGCAUUUAGUGAGACUAAACUAGCUCAAAUAAGUGCUAAGUAGAGUGGGAGACAAAAAGAAGCACAACCAUUGAGGACUUUUCCGGCAGAUGGGAUGAACAGCUGAAAAAUUUGGACCAGUUUUACUUUUCGUGGCUAAAGGUGCGACUGAGCAUUAUAAUGGAUGGGUUUUAGAGCUACACUCUGCUUAGAUGCCAAAACUGAAAGCUAAUUCAAACAUAUUUUGAUUUUCUUAGCAUUUAGCAGCAAAUUAACUCUAGUUCAUUUUCUUUUUCUGAGUCAUUACAUUUAAUUUAGUUAAGUUUGCAGUGGUCUAUAACCUUAACUCUGCUUGCAGGAUCUUACUCCUUUUUAGCUGGACUCUAAUUUUGGCUUUGACCUGUGGAACAGGAAAAGUUUUUUUUUGUUGUUAGGUCGCAGGACUUGUUAUGAGGCAACCUGGACUGACUCACCAGCAUUUUUUCAUAAUUACUGGACAACAGGACUGUUUCUUGCACCGCCACUAUUUCCUGCUAAACCAAAUCUAAGAUUGUCUGGCCAGGGGUUGUUUAUUUAAACGGCUUAUCUGGAGUUCUUUGCCCCAGGACCAUGGGGAUUCUCUGGGGUACCAUUAUACUUCUGUGUGUGGUAGCUGUGCUUAGAUCGGAGGGUAGUGAACCCCCACAAACCAAGAAUAACGUGCCCCGGCUAAAACUCUCCUAUAAAGAGAUGUUGGAAACCAACAAUAUUGUGACAUUUGAAGGCCUGGCUAACAGUUCGGCUUACCAUACUCUCUUGUUGGAUGAGGAGAAAGGAAGGCUCCUGGUGGGUGCCAAGGAUCACAUCUUCUCUUUCAACCUCCUCAAUAUAAGCAAAGACAAAGCACAGAUCCCUUGGACUGCUUCUCCCACCAGAAGAGAUGAAUGCAAAUGGGCAGGAAAAGAUCUCCUGAGAGAGUGUGCACAUUUCAUCAAAGUACUGCUACCAUUCAACCAGACCCAUUUCUAUGUGUGUGGGACGGGAGCUUUCCACCCUGUAUGUUCCUACCUGGAGGUGGGCAAGAAACCAGAGGAUGGCGUUUUCAGACUGGCGACCCAUGUUGAAAAUGGCAGAGGGAAGAGCCCCUAUGAUCCCAAGCUGCUUACCGCUUCAAUGCUAAUUGACGGGGAGCUGUAUGCUGGAACAUCAGCCGACUUCAUGGGGCGGGACUUUGCCAUCUUUCGUACUCUUGGCAAACAUCACCCAAUCAGAACAGAGCAACACGACUCCAGGUGGCUGAAUGAUCCUAGAUUUGUCGGUGUUCAUCUGAUUCCGGAAAAUGACAAUCCUGAAGAUGAUAAAAUCUACCUGUUCUUCAGGGAGUAUGCCAUGGAGGGAGAGCAUGCUGGAAAGGCCACAUAUGCUCGCAUUGGACAACUCUGCAAAAAUGACCUGGGAGGCCACAGGAGCCUGGUCAAUAAGUGGACUACUUUCUUGAAAGCUCGGCUGAUUUGCUCUGUGCCAGGAAAUAAUGGAAUAGACACACAUUUUGAUGAACUACAGGAUGUGUUUCUCAUAAGCACUAAGGAUCCUAAGAGCCCAGUAAUAUAUGGAGUAUUUACUACUUCCAGCAACGUCUUCAAAGGUUCAGCAGUGUGUAUGUACAGCAUGACAGACAUAAGAAGAGCAUUCUUGGGUCCAUAUGCCCAUAGAGAUGGACCCAGCUAUCAGUGGGUCCCUUUUCAGGGACGCGUACCCUACCCUCGGCCUGGCACAUGCCCUAGCAAGACAUUUGGGGGAUUUGACACAACCAAGGACCUUCCUGAUGAAGUGGUCACUUUUGCAAGAAGCCACCCAGCCAUGUUCAAUCCUGUCUAUCCAAUUAAUGAUAAACCAAUAAUAGUCAAAACAGAUGUGGACUACAAGUUCACUCAAAUGGUAGUUGAUAAGGUGGAAGCUGAAGAUGGCCUAUAUGAUGUUAUGUUCAUAGGCACAGACAUGGGAACAGUUCUGAAAGUUGUAGCCAUCCCCAGAAGUUCCUGGCAUGACUUAGAGGACGUGUUGUUGGAAGAAAUGACUGUGUUCAGAGAACCAGUUGCAAUUACAGCCAUGGAACUUUCAACAAAACAGCAACAACUUUACCUUGGAUCAGACAUUGGUGUGUCCCAGAUGCCUCUACACCGCUGUGAGGUUUACGGAAAGGCCUGUGCUGAAUGCUGCUUGGCAAGGGACCCUUACUGUGCAUGGGAUGGCACAGAAUGCUCCAGAUACUUCCCAAUGGCAAAGAGGAGAACAAGAAGACAAGAUAUCAGGAAUGGAGACCCACUAACACAGUGCUCAGACCUGCAGCAACAAGAUGAACUCAGUGGACAGUCAACCAUACUCGAUAAAACUGUAUAUGGUGUGGAGAACAGCAGCACCUUCCUUGAAUGUGCUCCCAAGUCCCAAAGAGCCAUGACAUACUGGCAGUAUCAGCUCUCCACUGAUGACCGCAAACAAGAGAUCAAAUCGGAGGAGCGUUUCAUUCGGACAGAGCAAGGUCUUCUGAUCCGGACUCUAGACAAAAAGGAUUCAGGAAUCUAUCUGUGCCAGGCAGUGGAACACGGCUUUAUGCAGACAGUUUUAAAGGUUCACCUAGAAGUGAUUGACGCAGAGCGGCUGGUAGAUCUUUUACAUCGCAGUGAAGAUAUAGCUACCAGUGUCCCAACUCAGGACUAUUCCUUGUCUAGAGAAACUCCAAAUCAAAAGCUUUGGUACAGGGACUUUCUGUCUUUAGUCAAUCAUCCAACUCUGAAUAGUGUGGAUGACUUCUGUGAUCAGGUGUGGAAAAGAGAGAGAAAGCACAAGCGGCAGAAAGCUCACCAUGUCCAAAAAGUGCAAACACACCAUCAGCAGCAGCAGAAGGUUUCACCAAGCCCUCACAGCAACAUGCAUGCACAGAGCCUGGCAUCCACGUGGAAGCACCUUCAAGAACGACAGAAGGGUCGCAACCGUAGGACCCACGAACUGGAUAGGGCCCCUCGCAGUGUCUGACCCAUGCAGCUUGGCUUUCACAAUGAAGCUCCCAGAUCACAUUCUGAAUACCUGAAACUGUUCGUUCUUUGAAACAUACAUGUGCAACAAAGACUGAACAGAAAAAAAAAUAAAUAAAUGCUGCUCUGAUCUGCAAACUGGUGUGAUCUAAGCGUGGGCAGUUUUGUUUACUGCCUACAGGAUAAAAGAUGCUGUUGUAUCAUCGGAGACCAUUGGAGCAUAUCAUCUCUGCUGGCCUCUGUGACAUGAACAAUGCAGAGGGACAGGGCCACCCCGAACAAACAAAGGACAAAUGUUCCCAUCCUGUAGACAUAACUGACAAUUCUGGCAAUGAGAUUUGGUCAUUGUAUUGUAGUUAGGUGGUGUUUCUUAGUUUGCAAAUGCCUAAAAUAGUUAAUCAUUUAUUUUGUAUAUCACACAACAAUGAGACUGGGUGAGAUUGUACUAAAAGCAUGCUGUAGAAUAUGAGAACGAAUGGACUUGCAAUUUCAUUACAUCAACAAAGUAAGUCACACAGACCAGAAAGGCGAAGAGGAUCAAAGUGCAUUGCAAAUGUAUUUAUACUCUAAUAACUUUUUCACAUUUAGUCAUCUUACAAUCACAAAUUUCAAUGUAUGCCAUUAGGUAUUGUUGUAAUCAAUAAAUCACUUCAAGUUAUGCAGUACUAUGCAUAGAGAAAAGCAUACGUGGUUUUCAACAUUAUUUCCAAAAGAAAAUCUGAAAGCAAAGUAUGCAUUUGUAUUCAGCCCCCCAAGUAUCUUAUAUAGCCACCUUUCAAUGCAAUUAAAGCUACAAGUCUUUAGACAUAUGUCUCUACAAGCAUUGCAUGUGCAGAGACUGAAUUUUUUGACCCAAUCUUCUUGGCAAAAAUGCUUGAGUCAGAUUGGAUGGAGAGAGUUUGUGACCAUCAAUUUUUAGGUCUUGCCACAGAUUCUCAGUUGGAUUUAAUUCCAGAUUUUGAGUAAACCAUUGUAACACAUGAAUAUGCUUCGAUCUAAACAGUUCCAAGAAUAUAAAAAACAGUUCCCAUUGCUUGGAGCUAUUUUCCUGCUAGAACAUGAACCUCUGGCUCAGUCCCAAGUCUAUUGCAGGUUUUAGCAAGUUCUGUUCCUGCAAAAUUCUCCCUACAGCAAGUUGCUGCCAAGUGUCAGUGUGGGGAUGAUAUGUUCAGGGUGAUGUGUGGUGUUAGUUUUCAGCCACACAGCGUUUUCCAUGUAGGCCAAAAUAAUUUAUUUUGGUCUUACAGUGUCCUACAUGGCUUUUAGUAAAUAACCAGUGAGUUCUUCUCAACCAUUUUUUGCCACUCAUCCAUAAAUUCCAGAUUUGUGGGUGUGUGACUAAGCAUGUCCUUCUGAGCUGUACAUCUCCGCAGCUCCUCCAGACCUGUCAAGGGGCUCUUUGCUGCUUUAAAAAUUAAAGCUCUCCUUCCCUGAUCUAUUAGGUUGUGGGGAGGGGAGGGGGCAGCCAUGUCUUGGUAACUUUACAUAUUGGAUAAUCUAACCCUGCUUAAAACGUCUUCACAACUUUAUUCCUGACUUGUCUAAUAUGCUUCUUGUUUUUUAUGACGGUGUUUGUUCACUAAUGUUCUCAAGCAAACCUCUGAGGCCUUCACAGAACAGUUUUUACAUAUACUGAGAUUAAAUUACACUAUUACAUUAUUAACUUAAAUCCAAGAUAAGCUUUUCAGAUUUGUGUUAAUAAAAAAUUUGAAAAUGAUGUAUGUUUUUCCUUCUACAUUACAAUUCUUUACUACUUUCAUAACAUCCCAAUGUGAUACAUUAAAUUUGAUGGUUGUAACGUUGUAUAGCAAUGUGGACAUUUUCAGUUUCAAAUUAGUCAGUGUUAAAAUAUGUUGGAACUGCAACAAACUGAGUUGUCCAGUUAUCAUUUGUUCUCUAACUCCACUUGUGUAAUUUGAAUGUGUAAAUACUUUAUUCCACAAUAAUCUUAUCACAAGAAAGGGAAUAGCUUGCAAUUAUCUAGUUUGUGUUACUUGCCCAAAGUAGAAAUCUACUUACAAAAAAUGUGUUAACGGGGAAAUUUUGUACUGUGUGUGUCUGUGUGUCUGUGCCCUAGAUAAGCUUCCUAGACAAAGACAUUUUAUUGUUUUUUCAUCGGAAUCUGUCCAAUUUUUGAAAGCCACAUUGUCUCAGUUUCUAAAAUGCCAAGCAGAGUUCUUCCAUGUUUAUUUAAUUAUUUUGGUCUGUCAGCUUUGUUUCUACAUCCUUGCAUAUUUAUUGAUAAACAGUUCUGUACAUUGUGAUAUGUUAUAAGCAGACAUUUUUUCUUACUGUUUCUAAUUUACUGGACCAAUUAGGUGAAAAUAAAGAUAACUUUUAUUACAAGUUGAAGAUUUUAAGUAAUUUAUCAGUUAUCACAUGCAUUACAUAUCAAAUGCACUGGGCAAAAAGCCAGUAUACUGUAAUGUACUUUUAACACAUACACAUAUUUUGCGCAGACAGUGCAGUGUAACAGUUAUUUCACUGCAUGUCACAUAAGAAUGAAAUUGACUAAAACCAUCAUUGAACACUGCACAAGCACAAACCUUGAAUGUAACUGUUAAUUUCAUGUAAAAAUAAUUACUAUGGUCUAUGUUUGACAACUAUGACACUAUGUACUGGUGCAUGUAAAUGAUUGUGUAUUGUUGUUGUUCUACUAUAGUGAAGAUAAACUAGUCUAAUGUUGUCACCUUUAAGCUGUUUCUUGUUUAUGCUGUGGUACACAAUAGGAGCGAUUUGAAAAAUGUUCUUCCUGCUUCUGUCAAUACUCCAAACAGUGUACAUGUGUUAUAAACAGGAACUCAAUAAGAUUUCCCUAUGGAUCCUAGUUUCCACAUGCCAGUUUAUCUAACAAUGGACAAUGAUCAUUUUAGCUUUGCAAAAACAUUGCCUUGUCAAGUGACUGCAAACUUCAACCGUUUUUGGAAGCUAUGUUGGGGGAAGAUGAGAAGCAGCUGGAAGCAUCCUUGAGAGAUUUUUAGUCUAAUGAAACGAGCUGAAUAGCAGAGUUGUGGAUGUGUGUAUGAUAAGAUUAUCAUUAUGAGGAGGAAAUAUAUGGGGCCUGUCGGAUGAACAGUGGGAGUGAGGAAAUUAAGUGCUGCUGUUGCUGAUUUUUGGCAUGAUGUAUUCUACUGAUGUAAUAAAUGUCUCUUCAUGAAGUGCUGAAUUCAUUAAAUCUGGUUUUGAUAGCUAUAGUAAAUUUAUAUCAUGCUUGUCCUUUCUUUGUAAAUGAAAGUAUUGUGAACCAACUCAGUAAAAGUGGUAUCUAGUGACAUAAUUUAUAGGUCUCUUUCAAAAGUAUUCAUAAUUCUUUAUUUUCAUACUUUGUCAUGUUAUGACCAAAAAUGUCAAUGGAUUUUAUGUGAUAGCCCCAAAAUACUGUAAAAUUGGGAAGUGAAAUGAAUAGGGUCACAUGGGUUUGCAAAAAUUGUACAAAUAAAAAUCUUGAAAGAU